CCGCCUGCGCAAAUGAUCAAACUGUGCGCGCUUUGAGCCGGAAGAAAGCUUCUUAUUUGCCUUGUUCAAACCUGCAUUGUUACAUUAAAAACGUGGACAGAUGAAGGUGAGGCGCCCUCUUGGAUAAGUCGGAGUGCCUGGAAAGGAUGCUGCAGGCUCUCACCAGGAGCAGGUGCGUUCACCCAAGUGGAGGAGCAGACCACAGAGAGGAGCUACGCACAACAGCCACAUCACCUGCUCCAAAGGAAAACCCUCUGCUUUGAUGGGCUGGUGGUUAACGCGCUUCUUCACCUCAAAAUAACUCGAUUUUUCCUUCCAAAUUCGAUUUGGUAACCAGGAGAUUGUGAGAAAAUUGAAACUGGUGGAUGCACAGCUAAUUUGGGAUAUAUUGUUAUGACAAAAGAAUAACAGCCAAAGACUGCUCUGUUGGCUUCUCGUAUAGGGCUGCUUCACUGAAAUCAAUCUUGUUCUUAUCAAGGACAGACUCAUCUGCAAGGAUGCCCGGGGCACUUUUAUCAACGCAGUCCCUCUACAUAGGAAUGGAGGUGGUGAUUGCACUAGCGUCCGUAAUCGGGAAUGUGAUGGUGGUUUGGGCGGUGAAAAUUAAUAAAUCGUUGCGAGAUACCACGUUUUGUUUCAUCGUCUCCCUGGCUCUGGCGGAUAUUGCAGUGGGAGCCCUCGUCAUCCCUUUGGCCAUCACUAUCAGCAUCGGACUUCAAACUCACUUUUACAGCUGCCUUCUCGUGGCGUGCACGGUGCUGGUCCUGACGCAAAGUUCAAUUCUGGCCCUACUGGCUAUUGCAAUUGACCGCUAUCUCAGGGUCAAGAUCCCGAUCAGGUACAAGCAGGUGGUGACAACUCAGCGAGCAGGGCUGGCAGUAGUGAUAUGCUGGACGGUGGCUUUCAUCGUGGGACUCACGCCUAUGUUAGGCUGGAACAACCUGAAGCGCCUUCAGCAGAACGGCUCCAUCAGCUCUGACCUCAUCAUCACCUGCCAGUUCGAAAACGUCAUCAGCAUGGACUACAUGGUCUAUUUCAACUUUUUCGGCUGGGUGCUGCCUCCGCUGCUGCUCAUGCUGGGCAUCUACGCAGAAAUCUUCUACUUGAUCCACAAGCAACUUAACAAUAAGAAGUUCACCACCAGUCACACCGACCCCAACAAGUACUAUGACAAGGAGCUGAAUCUUGCUAAAUCGCUUGCUCUGGUUCUUUUUCUCUUUGCUGUUAGCUGGCUCCCCCUCCAUAUCAUCAACUGCAUCACACUCUUCUGCCCUGAGUGCGAGAAGCCCAUAGUCCUCCUCUACAUCGCCAUCCUGCUCACCCACGGAAACUCUGCUGUCAACCCAAUCAUCUACGCUUUUCGUAUUAAGAAGUUCCGCACGGCCUUCAGGAAAAUCUGGCAGCAGUACUUCUGCUGCAAAGAUACACCAGCUUUGGAGAUUCAGCCCAGCGACAGGAAAGAGAUGCCCAAUCCAGAGCCACAGCAAGCGACUCAACCUCAGAAGGGAAUCCUAAAAUCGGAUCCACCUCCUCUAUCUGAGCAGCAACAGGACCAGAGGAAUGAACCUCCCCAGCAUCCUAAAGAACAUCCACCCUUACUGGAGCAGAACACAGUCUAACCCAAGGAUCUAAUCAGAGGCUGACAAGUUUUGAUCACUGCACAAGUGUUGGUUCUCUCCUCAUUUGAAUGUAAUCUAAUGAGGAGCCUGAAGCGCUACAAUACUUUAGUGGCUGAGGUGACAUGAAUCAUAAAUCCAAGAUACUAGAAGAUAAUUUAUCUCAGGAUGAGUGGAUUUACUGACGGUUUGGUCAGAGCACAAAAAAGGUAUUUAUUAACUUGCAAUAAUGGAAGUCUUUUUGACACCGACUGGCUAUCUUAGUAAAAGACUGAAGAUAUUAAGCUUUAACUUUUGUUCAUUAAGGGUCAAACAGUUGGAGUGGAUAUUACAAAAUGUGCAAUUUAAGUUAUUGUGGUUGGUCAGAAAUUGGUUUACCAAAUGUUUAACCUGCGGUUAAAGAACAUUUAUACGCACAAAAGAGCAGAUUCAUCUUACUGUAAUAUUGUGUGUAUGUUGAUACUAGCAGUGACUGAAUAAUAUGAAUGUAGUAAUAAUAAUAAUGUAAAUAUGAGACUCAGCAGCACAGCUUUGAAGGGUCAUCUCUUCUUCAUGGUCUUAAUUGCACAACAGUGGCAGAGCAAGUGCCAAAAUUGGAGAGAUGUUUGCAGUAAGAAGUUGUGUGUGUGUGUGUGUGUGUGUGUGUGUGUGUGUGUGUGUGUGUGUGUGUGUGUGUGUGUGUGUGUGUGUUUGCUGUUUGAAGGGUUUUGUAAUCCCUUAAUUCUUCUCCACUGGAGCCCUCUGUGGUCCCAGCAGCGCUGAUCCAUUACUAAAGAGAUGGACAGGGAUAAGAAACUGGAAUGGGAAGGUUUAUCCUCUUAGAAGUGGCGUGGAGGAGACUCGAAGCCGCAGGACGACGACUACUCGUGGGGGAAAAAGACAAGAUGGACUUAAAGCUGUUGUUUUAUCCAGCUCCUUGGCAGCUGGUUGUUGGAGAUGUGUUUUCCCUUUUUUCUGCUACAUUGACUGGUGAUUAUCAUGACUUACCACUAAGAACAGUGGCUUCCAUGGCCUUACUCAGUAUUUCAAUUAGUAAAGACUGGAGUGGAAAAGACAACUUUAAGAUUGUGAGUAUCUUAACUACACUGUAAGUUUAACAUUUUGCAUAAUGCCAAACUGGGGCAUCUGUAGAUUAGUCAUUUAACAAUGUUCAAUGCCACUGACAUAAAAACAUUGUAUGAGAAUGUAAAGUAAUUCUGUUGCGUCUCUUGUAAAGACUCAAAGCUCUUGACAAUUCUUAAAUGGAUGACAAUCUCUUAUUUAAGUCUAAAAUAUUCCCUAUUGCCGUUUAGACAAGCGUCUCUCGGGAACGAGAAGGCAGUGAACAUUUGAAGUGCAGAUGGGCAAAGACAACAGACGACUCAAUGCAAUCCACAACAUCUGUAUCCUGAUUUGCCUGCAAAGUGUAAAGGCCAGUUGGACUGUACAUAAGACACAUUCAAAGGGAA